UUGUUUUUAUUUUUAUUUUGUGCGUGUUAUUUAUCUCGGACUAAUUUGUUUACUAUAAAAUUACCUCUGCACCGGCGGUGUAAAUAUGGCGUCCGAAUUGUUUGGGAAAGCGAAUGAUGAAUUCAUCAAUGAAAACUACCAAAAAGCGGUUGAGCUGUAUACAGAAGCACUGGAACAGGAGAGGAGUAGGGAUGACAUAUUCUGCAACAGGGCACAGGCUUAUCUGAAACUGGAGAAGUACAAAGAGGCAGCAGAAGAUGCAGCAGAAGCUCUCUUACUGAAUCCCAAAAAUAUAAAGGCUUGCUUUAGAAAAGGGAAUGCCUUGUUUCAUCUAGAGGAUUACCAAUCUGCUAAAGAUGCUUUUUCAGAGGGACAUAAACUUGAUGCUGAGGAUAACAACUUUAAGACCUGGAUCAGAAAAUGUGAGGCUGAAUUAGACUUACAAGAAAAAAAUAAAGCAGCACAGACUGAUGUUGGGGUUUCAGAAACCAAAUCACAGGAUGCACCAAAACCAGAGUCGGUAGACCAGAAUAAAACAGAAGCAAGUAAACCUGCUGUUCCUAUGCCUACAAAAGAGAAAUCCAGGUAUGACUGGUACCAGACUCAGACCCAUGUUGUUGUCACCAUACUCCUGAAAAAUAUCAAACAAGAGGAUGCAGAUAUUGACAUACAAGAAAAAUCUCUAAGUGCCACAAUAAAGUUACCAAGUGGAUCGGACUACAGUUUAGAACUAGAUUUAUCUCAUCCAAUUGUUCCAGCACAGUCCGUUAUAAAAGUAUUAAAAUCGAAGAUUGAAGUAAAACUGAAAAAGCAGGAGGGUUUGCAGUGGCACAAGCUAGAAGGUGACGAGUCCAACUUGAAACAAAUACUUGCAGAAGAAUCUGAGCAUGUGAUGGAUUAUCCUUCGUCGAGUCACUAUACAAGGAACUGGGACAAGCUGGCAAAGGACGUUGAAAAGGAGGAGGCAGAUGAGAAGAAAGAAGGAGAUGCCGCUCUUAAUGAACUCUUCCAAAAAAUAUACGCUGAUGGAACAGAUGAAACAAAGAAAGCCAUGGCAAAAUCAUUUUAUGAGUCUGGAGGUACAGUAUUGAGCACAAACUGGGGUGAAAUUGGAGCGAAAAAGACUGAGGUCAAACCACCGGAUGGAAUGGAGUUUAAAAAAUGGGAGUCAUGAUUGCGGACGGCCAAAUGAAUAUCUAUCAGUCUUUCAGCGGAGGAAAAACAUGCAUUAGAGACUUAAAAAUUCAGAAUGAAUUUUAAGUGCAUUCAUUAGAAAAGUGAAUUGAAAAAGGCAAUUGACUCAUUAUCAUCAUAAAUUUGCAUAAUAAGCAAGAAACGUUAUUUUCUCUUUACUGCUGCAUGGUAAAAUUUGUUAGGAAUUUUCAUAUAUGCAAUACUGAGUUUACUGAUAUGCUACCUUCUGUUUCAAGAAAAAUUGAAAUGCUGAAAGGUUGAAAAGUUUUCUUUAUCAAAUUUUGUGUAAAGAGUAUGUGUUGAUUAUGUUUUGGCAGUAAUACAUGCACAUGUACACUUGUCAAAUGUGCUAAAUACCGUCUGUGUAACUGGCAGUGAAAAAUACAUAAAAUAUGAACUUUAGCUUGCUCCAAGUAAUGAAACAGACAUGUCCUGUUGAAAUUGCCAAUUUAUCACAAUGGAAGGAUAUUUUGGUUAUGAAAGGUUAUAAAACAUUGUUAGACACAAGGUCUUAAUGUCUGUAAAAUACGGCGAAAUUGACACAGUGUAUCAUCUGAUGUUUAAAAUGUAACAAUGGAAACAUGAAAUUAUUUCUAAAACCUCAUGCUAUCCACAUUAUUAACAAUUUCUGUACUUGUUUUGUAACCAGUAACUUAAUGACAAUAAAUCAAACAUGUCGUAUUGAAAUUCCAAUUUUGAGCAUUCCUUCUGCAUGUGCACACCUCAACAUCUUGCCUGUUUUUUUUCAAGUAAUUUUUUAUGUGUCAAUUUUCUCAGUCAUGUUUGAAGAAGCUUCAACAAAUGACUAACACAUAAAACUUAGUGCAUGAUUAAAUCAAGCUUUUCAUCCUUUUCAUCAUCUUUGUAACAUAGCCAUGAUUUUGACACUGAUGUCAAAAUAUUUACUUCAGUUUUAAAAACAAAGGUGUAGUAGGAGAUUAUAAAAAUAUGGUUGAAUUUCAGUUGUUAUGUCCUGGAAUUUUUCCAUGUCCAAAAGUGUGUACAUACAACAUUUGACAAGUGUACAUCAUUUGAUUUACUGUAGAGUAAAUCUUUAAAACUUUCUCUAUCUUCAGUACUCUUCAUAAUUCUAUUAAACACAAAUUCUAAACUUAAACUGUGAAGAUUCAUUGUAUCAGUUUAUUAGUCCUUGACAGUUACAUUAUAGUAGUACAGACAUAAUGCUCAGUGGUGCUUAAAAUACUUUUUUAAAAAAGCAUGUAUUUUCAAAAUUAGCCAUAAUGUAUGUUCCUGAAUAUAAGUUUAUCAUUUGUUUAUGGAUUAAAUCUGUUAAACUGUUCUCAGUAGAAAUUGGCAAUUUAAUUUUGUUUCUCUUUUGUUAAUCUGUCUUGAAAACUUCAUGAAUAUUACCUUAUUACACUGGUACACACUUUCUGAAAUGAUCUUCAGAGAUAAAAAUGUAACCGACAGAAUAAGUAGGUUGCUGAUGAUGAAAUCACAUUAAUAAAUUACAUAUGUAUAGAUGUUCAGUGCAACACAGAUUGCUCAAGCACCAAGGCUGACUGUAGCAAUUCAUGUUACCCUUGGCUGUUCUUUUUUAUAUUAUCCCUGUUUUGAUAGCUUGAAAUCCUGGAUAACACAAGUUAUCUUAAUUGAUCAGUGUUCUACUGUAUCUGUAAUACAUUUUCUCAAGUCAGUAAUUCAGUAUAAAGCAUUUAAAAGAGGCCUGCAAAUUUGUUUUGUAUACAUUUGUUUUAUUCAUUUUGAUAUAGUAGUUACUUAACCUGGAUAGCUGCUGAUGAUUUACACUUUGUCCAUAAAAACAUCCCCAAUAUAUAAGGCAUAAAAAUCACUCAGAAUUGGCGCUAGUAAUUAUGUCUCCCACCACACAGUGUUUCAGGAUUAACACUGUGUCUGUCUGUUACAAAGCUUUUACACACUCAAAGUUGAACAUUUCUCAUCCGAUCUUCACCAGACUUGAACAAAAUGUGUUUGCCAAUAAGUCCUCGGCCAAGUUCGAUAACUAGUCAAAUCAGCCUAGGCACUUCGGAAUUAUGGGCCUUGAAACUUGUUUUUGAUAAUCAAAGCAGCCAAAGUCUGACAAGGCAGUUGAGGUCUAGGUGCAUGGUUGACUCAUAUACUACUAUUCAGAUAAUUAGGCAGUUGUGGGAGACAUGCGCUUUUCUCAAAAGCAGCUCUAGUUGUUAGUUGACUGAUUGUUUUUUCAAUAUUACAAAUAUUAUUGCCAAUUUGUUAAAGAAAAGAAAAUUAAAAAUGGUAACACUGGAUUCCUAGUUAUUGCUAAUAGUACUUGUCUAAUUUUUUGUCUGUUUAUUCAAAAUUUGUGUGUGUAUUGUUUGAUUUUCCAUUACCAGCACUUUCCAAUGAUUUUUCUUUAAAAUAAAUGUAUUAUACUGUUUUUUAUGAAGUAAUGAGGAGGACAAAUCUAUGAAAUAAAUAAUAUAUAAAGUCCA